UAGGCGGUGUCUUCUGCUCUUGCUUGGGGAAAGGAGUCGGCUCGUCACUUGGCCAGGCAGUUUGGGAGCCGCUGGCCUAUCCAUGGAACCAGGACAGGUUCAGAUAAGGGGAGGCUUGAGAUUCAUUGACUGAGAAGAGCAAUGAAGCCCAGGCAGUCCAGAUGGUUGCCUGAACUCCAGGUGUUCCACAUACUUCUGGCUGCAGCUCUGAAAGCUUCACCAGCAGACGUUCUGCUGCUGCCUUUGUGGACUCCUGCCAGACCAAGCCUAUAGCAGUCAGAAUGAGUAUGAUGCCUCUGGGGACAUUCCUUCUCUUUGCUCUGUGUCUCCUGGGGGCUGUCAUUCCACAGGGACUACAGUAUGCCACCUUUUCACACAAUGCCACCAAAUUUCUUCAUUUAAUUAUGGAUCCUGACUCUGGGAGACUCUAUCUUGGGGCAACGAACUUUCUUUUCCAGCUGACGUCAGACCUGGUGAUGGAGGAGGCUGUUUCCACAGGGCCUUCCUUGGACAGCAAGGACUGCCUUCCUCCUGUCACCAAGCAGGAGUGUCCCCAGGCCCAGGAAACAGACAACUACAACAAGCUCUUGCUGAUCGACUCGCUGGAGAAGGAGCUCAUAGUGUGUGGAAGUGUGUGGCAGGGCAUCUGUGAGAAGAGGAGCCUUGACUUCAUUGACCACGUCCUUUUCCAACCCCGGACACCAGGAGACACUCAAUAUGUGGCAGCGAAUGACCCAAAUAUUUCUACGGUGGGUUUGAUAGGUUAUUCCAAAGACAAUGUGCCUUUUCUGUUUGUAGGCAGAGGAUACACCAGCCGGGGAGUAGGAGGCAGCAUCCCUCCCAUCACAACUCGCAAUCUCCGGGCCCACCCAGGAGAGGCAGCAGGAUCGGAUCUUCUUUCCAUCUUCUCAUACGAGGAAACAGCCAAGCUGGCUGUGGGCCGACUCUCGGAAUACAAUCACCAUUUUAUCAAAUCCUUUACUCAUGGGUCCAGUGUUUACUUCUUAUUCUACCGGCGUGAUAUCAAGUCACACUCCCGGGAGUACAGGACCUACAUUUCUAGGAUCUGCCUGGAUGACUCACACUAUUACUCCUACGUGGAGCUACCGCUGGUCUGCAGGAGUGAAGAGAAGACUUACAGCCUCCUGCAGGCUGCCUACAUUACACAGCUGAGCAGAGAAGAAGAAGAUGUUGGCCCAGGCCAAGGAGGUGUGCUUUUUGCUGCCUUCUCUGCCUGGCAGGCUUCCUCGGGGAAGCUGAGAGAGGAAUCUGCUCUCUGUACUUACACAAUGGAUGAGGUGGACCGCCUUGCCACCAAGACCAGGGACCUUUGCUACACAAAAGAUGGGAGAUCGGAGGAUGGUGCAGAGGUGGCGUACAUAGAAUAUGAUGUCAGCUCCAUCUGUGUCCAGCUGUCAGCAGACACUUUGGAUGCCUACCCCUGUGGUUCAGACCACACCCCAAGUCCCAUGGCCAGCCGGCUGCCACUCGAAGCAGCUCCAAUCCUGGAAAAGCCAGAUGCCCGUCUCACUGCUGUAGCUGUCAGCAUCGAAGAUGGACGCACGGUCAUAUUCCUAGGGGACAGCAAAGGACAACUGCACAAGGUCUUCUUGGGAGCAACAGGAGCCACUGACCUCUAUGCUUCUCUAGUGAUCCAGCCCGGCAGCCCUGUGAGUGGAGACCUCUUCUUUGACCAGCCCAGGAAGCACCUGUAUGCCAUGACACAGGCUAUGGUGGCCAAGAUUCCCAUAUUUGAGUGCUCCCAGUUCUCAGAUUGUGAGUCGUGUUUGGCCCAGAGGGACCCGUAUUGUGGCUGGUGUGUCCUCCAGGGAAGAUGCAGCCGCCGAUCGGAAUGCUCCAGGUUCCAAGUGAGCGAGCAGUGGCUCUGGGGCUUUAAUUCCAGCCAGCAGUGUCUGUCCAUCCAGUCCCUGAGCCCAGCCAGCAUCAGCCGGGAAGAACGGAAAAAUAUAUUCCUGACUGUUUUGGGUUUGCCAGCCCUGCGGGAUGGAGAGUCCUAUUCGUGCUCCUUUGAAGAGUACGCGAGCCCAGCAGCGCUGACGGGUUCAGGCCUCGUGUGCCCCUCGCCGGAUCCCAGCCAAACCCCAGGCUUGCAAGCAGGAACAGACCACACAACCAUUCAGCUGGUGGUGCGCUUCCGUGAUGUCUUCGUUGCUUCAACCGCUUUCUCCUUCUACGAUUGCUCGGCAGUGGCUCUUCUGAGGAAAUCAGCACCAUGCCAGGGAUGCGUGAGCAGCCACUGGGGUUGUAAUUGGUGUGUUCAUCAACACCUCUGCACUCAUAAAGCUACCUGUGAAGAAGGAGCCAUUAUCUACAAUGAGAGGGCUCAGAUUACACCCUUUAGUCCAUUGCCAUCUUCAGCCAUCCCAGUCGCAGCCGUGUCACCCUCAUCUUCUCCAACUCUGGCUCCCGAGCCCACCGUUCUCACAGUCACACCAGGGGCCACCUCCGCCCCCAGUGCCGCCACCACAGCUGCUCUCCCCACCACCCCGCCAGCAACAUCUGCCACCGCAACCCCACAGCCAGGGACCCCCCGUCCCACCCACGCGCCAUCGCCAACAACCUCAGAUGCACUCACCUCGCUGGAGACGACGGUGGACUCUCUGACGCUGCCCCCAACGGAAGUGCCUGCCACUGCCGGUCCUACCUCUGAGCCCACCUCUGGCAGCCAGCCAGAGACACCCACUUCUGUGGCACACCCUACCUCAGAACCCGUCCUUGGUCCCAGAGACUGGGGCACUGACCCUCCCUCUGCUGCCCCUCCCAGCACCCUGCAGCCUACUGUGGAGGCACCAACCGCUCCCGCAGACACCGGAAAUGCCACAGCCCCGGUUUCGCCAUCGGUCCCAGAGGCCCCCUUGACUCCCGCCCCAACUACCCUCCCCUCCAACCUGACAGGGAAUGCCUCCACCUCUCCUGCCGACCUGUCAUCCGAAGAGCUGGAGACAGAGCUGCCUUUUUCUGAGGUGCCCCCCACGGCGGGCCUUCCAGACCGGCUUCCUCCCGGGGACAGCACAGAAUCCAAGGACAGCGAGGAAUGGCUGGGUUCACUGCCACCUGAGAAUGACACGUCCUCCUUCUCUGCCUCCAUCCUUCUCUCAGGCGACGGAGACUCCUCUGAGAGUGACAUCUCUGAUUUCCCCAGAAUCAUGCACCCAGGGCUGGACUAUCAGUAUGAUGCACCAGGAUUUCUGGAUUUGAAUGAGGAGUUUAGUGUCGGCCCGGGCGCCUGCCCCUGUGUGAGAGGCAUCCAGGGGCCCUCUCUGUUGCCAGUCAAUGUGCAGCGGAAGAUUACACUGAUAGGGAGAAACUUCCAUCUCUAUGAGGACCAGCUCUGGGACUAUGAAUGUGCGUUGGUUCUGGAGGGGAAGACCUUGGUGGUGGAGGCGUAUAUCGAACAGGAUGAAGCCAAUCCAUCGCUUUGCUAUAUCACGUGCCAGCUGCACCAGUACAGCUACUCUGCCCCUCAACUUGAAUUCAGCGCAGUGGUUUUCGUGCAGAGGAGACGACGACUCCGUGUGGACAGCAUAGAAGACCUCCAUGUGACCCUGUACAAUUGCUCUGUGGGACACUUGGACUGCAGCCGUUGCCAAACCGCGGAUGCUAAGUAUAACUGUGUGUGGUGUGGUGGAGAGCAGCCCAGCUGCCUGUUCCGGGAUUCCUGCAAAGAAGAGGUCACGGACACGUGCCCGGCCCCUCUGAUUCAUGCUGUGUAUCCCUUAAACGGACUGGUUGAAGGUAGCACCAGAAUCACUAUCACCGGGUCAAACCUUGGUCAGAAGCACCAGGAUAUUGCGGAGACGGUCACUGUGGCGGGAAUCCCUUGUGAGGUGGAUGCUCUGGUGUACGAGAUCUCUAGCAGUAUUGUGUGCACCACGGGCGGAAGCAGCACAGAGAGGUCUGGGCAUGUGGUCGUGGAGGUUCCUGGAGGAGGACAGGGAGUCUCGGAUCAUCUGUUCACUUACCAGAACCCUGAGCUGAAGUCUAUUUCCCCGUUGCGAGGCCCCAAGGCUGGUGGGACCUCCCUCACACUGACGGGCUCCAAGCUGCUGACCGGCAACCCCAGCAAAAUCAGCGUUCUGAUUGGACAGUUCCCUUGCUACAUUCGUUCUGAGAUGCAGGAGAAUGAGCUGCAAUGUCUGACGAGUCCCAGUAAUGCAUCCAUGGAGCUCCCUGUCACAAUCAAAUAUGGGGAUCAGGAGCGGAGGCUGAAGCAUUCCCUCUUCAAGUACACCCUAGAUCCCAAUAUCACAUAUGCAGAACCAGCCAAGAGUUUCCAGAGUGGCGGGAGAGAGAUCCGAGUUCAUGGGCAUAACCUUGAUGUCGUGCAGUGGCCAAAAAUUCGUGUCACGGUCUCACCACUGGAGCGCCGACGCCGGGGCCUGGGGAGGAGGCGUAGGAUAAUCCCAGAAACUGAAUGCCCAGAGAAUGCUCUCUGUAGUAUCCAGCAAUUUGAAGAGCCCUGCGAGGUCAACUCUUCCAGCCUCAUACUGUGCAAAACGCCAGCCAUUAAACCACUCUCCCAUUCCAUCCAAGUAAAACUGGAGUUCAUCCUGGAUAAUCUCAAUUUUGACUUCAAGACCUUGCACCCGACUGGCUUCUCCUAUGAGGUUGACCCCUUCCUGAAGCCCCUCAACAUGGAAGAUCAUUCCAAACCCUAUCGCCACAAGCCUGGGAGUAUCAUCUCUGUGGAGGGGGAGAAUCUGGACCUAGCCAUUAGCAAAGACGAGGUGAAAGCCAUGAUUGGAGUGGGGGUCUGCUCAGUCAAGACCCUCACAAAGAACCACCUCUAUUGUGAGCCCCCCACAGAGCAGCCGGCGCCUCAACACCGGGCCAAGCGGGAAGGCACGGAAUCCCUGCCGGAGUUCACAGUGCAAAUGGGAAACAAGAACUUCUGGCUGGGCCGUGUGCAAUACGACACCGAGAGCCAGCUCACCUUCCCCCUGGAAGCCCAGAUUGGCCUGGGUGUUGGGGCCUCCUUUGUUGCUUUGAUUGUACUCAUUAUUGUCUUCAUCUACCGGAGAAAGAGUAAACAGGCCCUGAGAGAUUACAAAAAAGUUCAAAUUCAGCUUGAAAAUCUGGAAACCAGUGUCCGGGACCGAUGCAAAAAAGAAUUUACAGACCUCAUGACAGAGAUGAUGGAUCUCACCAGUGACUUGGUGGGCACCGGGAUUCCCUUCUUGGAUUAUAAGACCUACGCAGAACGCAUCUUCUUUCCGGGUCACCGCGAGUCACCAUUACAAAGGGACUUGGAUGUGCCAGAAUGUCGGAGGCAAACGGUCGAGCAAGGCUUGGUGCAGCUCUCCAAUCUCCUCAACAGCAAGCUCUUUCUAACCAAGUUUAUCCACACCCUGGAAAUCCAGCGCACGUUCUCUCCAAGGGAUCGGGCCUACGUCGCCUCUCUGCUCACUGUGUCUUUGCACGGGAAACUUGAGUACUUCACAGACAUCCUCAAGACGCUCCUAAAUGACUUGGUGGAGCAAUACGUGGCCAAGAACCCCAAGUUGAUGCUGCGAAGGACAGAAACGGUGGUGGAGAAGUUGCUGACCAACUGGAUGUCCAUCUGUCUCUAUGCAUUUGUGAGGGACUCUGUUGGGGAGCCACUCUACAUGCUUUUCCGAGGCAUCAAGCACCAAGUGGACAAGGGGCCAGUGGACUGGGUGACGGGGAAAGCGAAGUACACCCUGAACGACAACCGCCUUCUUCGAGAGGACCUGGAAUAUCGCACUCUGACUUUAACUGCUUUGGCUCAGGCCGGAAGCACCCUGGGAGGAGGAACAGAGGGCGCCCAGGGGGUCGUGGUGAAGGGACUGGAUUGUGACACCAUCACCCAGGUGAAAGAGAAGAUCCUUGACCAGAUCUAUAAAGGAACACCUUACUGCCACCGACCAGACCCAGACUCACUGGACUUGGAGUGGAGAUCAGGGCUGGCCGGGCACCUCAUCCUUUCCGACGAGGAUGUGACGUCUGUCGUCCAGGGCAACUGGAAGCGCCUCAACACCCUGCAGCACUACAAGGUGCCUGAUGGAGCCACGGUUGCACUUGUUCCUCGUAUGACCAAGCACCUCCCGAGAGAGAAUCAGGAUUACAUCCCUGGAGAAAAGACCCCGAUGCUAGAGGAUGCGGAUGAAGGUGGAAUGAAACUGUGGCACCUGGUGAAGCCAACCGAAGAACCCGAGCUGCCAAAACAUCGCCGAGGGAGCCUGCGGGAGCGGGAGAGAGCCAAGGCCAUCCCUGAGAUCUAUCUGACCCGCCUCCUUUCCAUGAAAGGGACGCUGCAGAAGUUUGUAGAUGACUUGUUCCAAGUGAUUCUCAGUACCAACCGUCCUGUCCCACUGGCUGUGAAGUAUUUCUUUGACCUGCUUGAUGAACAAGCCUUGAAUCACGGCAUCACAGACCCAGAGACCAUCCACAUCUGGAAGACAAAUAGCCUGCCCCUGAGGUUCUGGAUCAACAUCAUCAAGAAUCCCCAGUUCAUCUUCGAUGUGCAGACCUCAGAUAAUGUGGAAGCGGUGCUCCUGGUCAUUGCACAGACCUUCAUGGACUCCUGCACACUCGCUGACCACAAACUGGGCCGGGAUUCUCCAAUUAACAAGCUGCUCUAUGCCCGUGACAUUCCACGCUAUAAGCAGAUGGUGGAAAGGUACUAUGCAGAUAUUCGUCAAACCAUCUCUGCCAGUGAUCAGGAGAUGAAUUCUGCCUUGGCUGAACUAUCACGGAAUUAUUCAGGCGCACUCAAUUCCUUGGUGGCUCUGCAUGAACUCUACAAGUACAUCAACAAGUACUAUGACCAGAUCAUCACUGCCCUGGAGGAGGACCAGACGGCACAGAAGAUGCAGCUGGGGUACCGCCUGCAGCAGAUUGCCGCAGCAGUGGAAAACAAAGUCACAGACUUGUGACAUGCCCAGAGGGACAGCUGGCAGAGGCGGGGCGGCAGCACCAGCUGCGGGCAGCACCAGGCGCUCCACGUAGGGGUGGAAAGAGGAAGCAGCAGCAGACCAGGAAAUGCCCGCCCAAGGGGCCGAGAGGGCCAGCAGACUUUCUGUUCAUACAGACUUUGUAAAGAUGAUGAUGCUGAUGAUGAACUUUAGGGAAAUUCUCCCUAGACAGAACCUGGGCUCCUUCAGUUCUUCUGGGUCCAAUGACCAGGAAGCCAGAUGUUGUGACUGUGCCAAGGGGGUUAGAGACUAGAGUAGCCACAGGGGGAUGCUGGAUUUUUGCCUCCCCACUCCUCAGCCUGAAGCCACUAAGAAGAACCCUAAAUCGGUGUGACUUUUCUCCAGAUGCUCUUGGACCCUGAGAGAGAACACCCUCCUAGCUACGCAAGGGGAGAGCUGCCCUGGCCUGUCCUCCUGCCCCCAGGGUCCCUCUCGUUGCAUCCAGUGGCAGUUCCUUUCCACUGUAAGGUCUGUGCUUCAAGGGGGGCUAGGGCAGGCCCAAAGGAGCCAGCAGAAGAAGAGAGAGCCCGUGACAAGUGGCUCGGAGGUGCCUGCACUUGCUGGUCACAGGAGCACAGCAGAGUGCCUGCCCUCGUCCCUGCAGCUGCAGGAGGCUUGCUCAGCCACACUCAGGCAAGGCUGUCCCCACAGCCCCUGGGCAUGCGUUUCUGCAGCUGUUCCUUCCUGCACAGCUGCCUUUAACCCACCCCAUCCUGCUCUUCAGAAAGCACAAAGGAAGUCCAGCUCCCCUCCAGCUGCCUUGCACUCCCAUUCGCUGCUGCUUUUGGUUAGGAUCUGUAAAUCGCACUGUAGAUGUAGUGGUGAAGGGGGAAUAUUGAACAGCUUCAGAAUGUUAAUCCCCACAUAUUAAGUUAGCACUUCUCCUCGAGUGGAUAUCCUCUCCCUCCCAUGUGCUUCCUUUGCUGUGUCCCCCAUGGGGGCUUUCUAGCUCUGCCAGGCCAACUCAGAAUUUUUGAAAAAUCAGUUGCUUUGCAUCUCUGAUGUCCUCCAAGGCCUCAGAUUGAAGUCUGCAGUGACAGGUUUUGCUGUUUCUCUGCCUGGGGUCCAGGUUACCAGCUGCCUCCUCUUCCUGUGCCUUGGAGAGCAGCUUGAUCAACAGGUAUUAUUAACAGAUGGUAAUAGUUCUCUGCUUGCUAUCACCUGCUGGUUUCUUAGGUCAAGAUUAAAAGGGUCAGGAACAACCAGGUAGUGUUAUUUUCUGGUCAGUUGGCAACCCUAUUUUCCUGCUCAACUGAAAUGAGUUCCCCAUUCCUUUCUAUUAGACCUGGAUGAGGUAGGGUAUGUCCACACCAGAACUCCCAGUCCCUUGCUCCUUCUGGUCCCAGUCAGCUUCAAUGCGGCUCUUUGUAUAUUUCCAGUCCACUGCCAAAGCAACACUCUUGCUGUGAUUAGCGGCAUCAAACGGCAGAUUCGGGCACUUCCGCUCAACUAGAUCCACUGUGGGGAUCACUCCACUCUGUUACUUGACCUCGCAGGCUUCAGUUUUUCUCUGCAGGCCAUCUGGUAGGAAUGCCAUCUUUUUUUGCCUGGGCUUUAGCUGACAGGCAGAGAUUCAAGGAUAGGAUAGAAUUCAUCAUUUGGUACAUCCCCUAACUUCAAAACCCAAGCUAAGUUGUUUUGGACUGUCUGUUGGGAUAAGCACAUGCAAGCUUUCAAGUUCAAGAGGCGUCUUCGACAGGCUCUACAAAGAGUUUUACAUAACUUAGAAGGGUACGCAUUCAUGGACCAAAACAGGUUAAUCAGGUAAGGACCAAACUAGAUAUGAUGUGGGAAAUCCACAAAUAGGAUACUUGUGGGGUUUAAACUUAUUUAUUUAAAAGCAGCUAUGAGGAAAUUCAGCUUGGAAUCAUAGUUCUAAGGAGAGUAGCUAACCUUUCUCCUCUAUGCCAUUUUCCUGAGCUGAAUCUCCCUAGAAGGUACUUUCUCAGUGUGGUGGAACAUACAGGUACCGUACGGCUUCAUGCAUUUUUCCCCUUUAAGACAAACACCAGCUUUAGAGGGAUUUAUAUCAGGGAAACAGCACAGGCCGGGAAAGAUUUAUCUCACUCCCCGCUCUGCCAGAACACAGUCCCAGUCCAAAUGGCUUGUUUUUCCCCCUCUGGCUGCUGUUAAAUUCUUAAAAACAAAGCAGAAGACCAUAUUUGUGGAUCUUCUGUGUCCUGCCUAGUUUGACCAAGAAAUUUACAUGCUGGUCUGGAGAUUGGCCUGAGCAUUCCUGGCCAGAUCCAGGCCUAGCUGUAACCUCCCUCCGUGCCUUGAGCCAUCCGCUUAUCUCUCAGCCUCUGUCCAUGAAACAGGGAGUGCUGAUAAGAGUACUGGUUUCCCUUACAUAGUAAUUGUAAGGAUUAUUGAGAUUACAGAUGGAGAUUCUCAGGAAAGGGCAGUAUCAGCUUCAAACUGCCCUGGCUACAGGCCUUGUGGAGCCCUCAACACCGAGUCUUGCCUACCACAUUCCAAUGUUGCCUUGCCCAGUUUUGUGUCUGUAGUGCUGUGGAACCAAUAGACCACGGUAACAUGUCUGCUUAUCCCUUUUGAAAUCAUUCUUGAGGCUCAGUCCCACCUCUGUAUAUUCUUUCUUCUCUCUGUUAUCUCAGACCAGUCCUUAGUACCUUCGGUGAGGCAUGAUGGAGCUUGAGGCAGCCUGAGCGUCUGGCCUGGACAUUUGAGCUUCAUGUUCUUCCCUGUUAACGGCAGGCAGCUGAUAGCUACCCCUUCUUUACUUAGUGGUGAAGGAAAGUACUUUGUACCUGCUCAUCUUUAUUCCUCCCAUUCCUGCACUGGUCUUCUGAUUGAAAAACAGGUUGCAAGAUCUUGGUUUAAGUCCUGCUUCUGAAGGGAUCCUUAGUCUUGAGUUCUGCACAGCUGGGCAACUAUCCUUGGAGGUUUAUCCUGCUAUGAUUUGUACCAUGAAUAUGCUGCAGAGAUGGAUCUGGAACACGUCACAUUUUAUAGAAUGGGAUGACCGCUGCCCCCUGCCCCCAUUCUUCUCAGUCUCUGGGAAGCAGGAGUUGAGAGAAGCCUGGCCAGGUCAAGCCAAGGGUCUCUCUAAGACCAGCAAGCUUUUUUCCACACUUGCCGAUCACCAAGAUGCCCACAAGCAGGCCUCUCCCAGCAACUGGUCUUCGGGGGGCUGUAUCUUCAAUCCUGAAGAUAGCUAAUUGCUGUCAUGACAAGCAGGAUUGUAGUUUCUCUGAAGAAAAUGCAGAAAUCUCUUGGGAGCCCUUGGGAGCCCUUCAUGGCUGCCUUCACCUGAAGGAGCCAAGAAUGCACUCCUGCCUUGGGGAUACUUUGUGCAAAGUAGGAAAGGUGUCUUCACUGAGGCAGGCGCCCCUUGGCCAGUCUUAGAGUCACAGCAGUAUCCCCAACUUCACCCAUCUUGGGGCAGUUACUUGGGCAUAAAUAAAAUGAUUGUCCAAACCUCUCCUUCCUCCAGGGGUCAUGGAGAUUCCACAGAUGGUUUGCGAAAUCCAUGUUACAACUGCACUAGCUGGCAAGAGAGGAAGGUGGUACAGAUACAGCUAGGAUUGCCCAGAGGCCUAAGCCUAAGAUGUGGUUUGGACUCCAGCCUCCAUCAGCCCUCGUCAACAUGGCCUAUGGUUAGGGGUGAUGGGUGAUGGGAGCUGUGGUCCAACACCACCUGGAGAGUCACACGCUCUCCAGCCCUGCUUUAGCAGUAACUCAAGCAUAUGGAGACGCAACAUGUCCCUCCUUGAUCUUUUUGCAUGGCUUACUGUCACAGGGGUUGUGGGGCAGGGUGAGAAUCCUGAACGGCUGUGUGGGGAAGAUGGGUUGUCCACCCUUUUCCCAGCCUGUGUUCUUGCGUAUUAAAAUCUGCUCUGCAGAAAUCAAUAGGCAGACAAUGCUCAAAGUUCCAUGUCACAGAAAACUUCCUCUAUGAUUUCUACUUGUGGAUGGAAGACCUUUGUUCUGCUCAGCUAGCAGCCCUAUGGAAAAGCUGGGGCUGGUUCCCUUUCCACAGCAAGGGGAUGAUUAAGGAGAGGCCCCUUCUCCAUGGCAGGGUCUCUGUAAUCCUGUAUCAACUUUCCCCAACUUGGUUCCUUUCAGAUACUUUGGACAACAGUUCCCAGCAUUUCUGAGCAUUGGCCACACUGGCAAAGGAUGGGAGUUUUAAGACCAGAAAUAUCUAGAGGGCACUAGGUUGGGGAAGAUGGCCUUAUAUAUGGAUCUUUCAGUUCACCAUAAAGGCUAAAAGGAACAUCUUCUACGAGGGGACAUAAUUCUGUGGAAAGAAUCUGAUUGUGACUGCUGUUGAGGUCAAGCUGCAGCCCCACAUUGAACUUUGGGGGAUCUGGAAUGUUUCUUUUCUGAUUUCUUGCAUCCCUCAUUCAUAUCCUGCUUUCCUUUUCUGCACUCUAGCGCAGCUAUCCAAAUGUGCUCUCUGAAGUGAUUGGAGAAUGAUUAUUAAUCUGGAAAGCUUGACGGACAAACCAGCCUGUUUUGUUUUAUAGUAUAAUAAUGUUAUUGUAGAUACUGUUUUGUGCAAAGUAGGAAUUUUAUCAUGAAAUGAGAAGUUUUGUCUGUAAAUAAUCAGUUUAGAUCCCAGAUGACUUUAUCACAGAGCAAAAUUCUUACACGGUAAUUCAAUAAACUUU